AUGGCAUUGUUGAACAACAUGAAAGACUCUUCUUCUUCCUCCAACCCAGAUCCAGAUUUUUUGCCAAUUGGGUAUAGGUUCAGUCCCUCUCCAGCCCAAUUUGUUAAAUUGUUCUUGUGUAAUUGGAUACUGAGCCGUCAACUCCCUCUCAAUCAUAUUAAAUACAUCAAAUAUUUGUUCCAACUUGAUGCUGAUCAAGUGCCAAAAGGUCAAUCCAAGUAUAUAUGCGAAGACGAAGCAUUUUAUUUCACUGAGAUCAAUCCAAAUGAAAUGCUAUCAAUUCGAACCACUAAGAAUGGUUAUUGGGAGACAAAUGGUGAAGAGGAAGAAGUUAUUCAUGGCAAUAACAUUGUUGGGUUCAAGACAAUUUGGAAUUUCUUUUGGGGACGAGCACCAAAUGGGGAAAUUAGCCAUUGGAGAAUUGAAGAAUACAGGCUCCAUCCAAGUGUAAUUCCAGCUGAUGAACUUAGUAAUAGCAUGAUGGAAAAGAUUGGGAGAUGUGUAGCAUGCAAAAUUAAAAAUGUAGAGAAAGAAGAGGAAGCUUACAGGUUUUCAAUGAUGGAAACCCAAACAGAGUCAGAUGAGAUGCUAGAGUCAUCGGAGUCAGACUAUGAUGAGAAUAUUGGAGGAAAUUAA